GACUGUGUCAGCGCCUCUUUGCUUGACCGCCCUACCUGCAUGUCGGCAAACGGGAACAAGCCGCACCCCGGCGGGCACGUGCGCCCGGCCUCAAAAGCCGAUGUUGGAAACUACACGCCGACCAACAUUCUCGUCACGGGCGGCGCGGGCUUCAUCGCGUCUCACGUCGUCAUCGGCCUGGUGGAGAAGUACCCACAGUACAAGGUGGUGUGUCUGGACAAGAUGGACUACUGCAGCAGCUUGCACAACCUCGACCAGGUCAAGGACAAGCCAAACUUCAAGAUGGUCAAGGGGAACCUGCUCUCUGCGGACCUGAUGAACUACGUCCUCGAGACCGAGCAGAUCGACACCAUCAUCCAUGCCGCCGCGCAGACGCACGUGGACAACUCGUUUGGCAACUCGUUCGCCUUCACGGAGAACAACGUCCUCGGCACGCACGUCCUCGUGGAGGCUGCGAAGAAGGCUGGCAUCCGCCGCUUCAUCCACGUGUCGACCGACGAGGUGUACGGCUCCUCCUACUCCGAGGAGCCGAGCCGCAAGGAGGGGGACGUGCUCGAGCCGACCAACCCGUACGCGGCGACCAAGGCAGCCGCCGAGAACAUCGCGCGAUCGUACUGGUACUCGUUCAAGAUGCCAAUCAUCGUCACGCGCGGCAACAACGUCUUUGGGCCGCACCAGUACCCCGAAAAGGUGAUCCCCAAGUUCGUGCGGCGGCUCGUCAACGGACUGCCGGUUUGCAUCCACGGAGACGGCUCCAACUCGAGACACUUCAUCUUUGUGACGGACGUCGCUAACGCGUUUGACACGAUCAUGCACAAGGGCGUGGACGGCGAGGUGUACAAUAUCGGCUGCGACGACGAGUUCACCAACCUCGAGGUUGCGAAGAAGCUCGUGCAGGCGGUCACGCCCGGCAUCAGCGACGAGGAGGUUGCCGCGCAGAUCACGCACGUGGAGGACCGCGCCUUCAACGACGUGCGCUACUACAUCGACUCGAGCAAGCUGCAGGCGCUGGGCUGGAAGUGCCAGGUCAGCUUCGAGGAGGGGCUCAAGCGGUGCGUCGACUGGUACAAAGCCGUCGACAAGAACUGGUGGCCGAUCGGGACAGACUCGGCGCUCGCCCCCCACCCCGUAAAGCCCAAGGACGCAUCACCGUGCGAAGUCAUCAAGGGCAACUGACGAGGAGUGAGUCUGCGGAGACUGCUGGGCGUGGGACGCCAGGCGCGGUGGCUGUGGCACAUGAUUGGUCCCGUGGCACGUUAUUGGUCCGCUGUGCGGCGUGGCGCGUGCGGCGGCACGCACAGCUCAGGUGCGGGGCCGAUUGCGGAUUGGCGACUACACACUACACUGUGUCCGUGAGAGUGGACAUUGGAGGGAUUUGGCAAUUGCCAAUUGGCAUUUGCCAUACGGCCGGUGUACAGUCUCUAAGGAGGGCGGGAAAGAUUGAUUCUCGCCCUGUCUGUAACUAUU